AUGUCGAGAAUUCCUGCGAGCUCGGCCUACCAUCCUGCUCCGUUUGCUCGAGGCAUUGUGAAUCCACAUGCGAUCGAAAUUCCACGCAGAGAGGCAGAGGGCCUCAUAUGGAUGGCAUACAACCUGUUUUCGCAUCACGAGAUGAAGGCGCCAAGUAAAGAGCAUUUUGACCACAUCGUAAAUCUGCUGGCCCAAUUACACUCGUCCCAAUCAUCGCUUGUGCUAUUGGCUGCCAGAAAGUUUCCAGGGGUGGAAGGAUAUGUGGACGCGGUGGAAUCCGCUCUGCUCAAGAAGUCUUCAGACGCGAUUGCCAUCCCUAAAAUCUCGGCUCGGAUUCGAGAAGAUGUACCGCUACAACAUGUACCGCGAGUUAACGUGAACAUCUUCAAAAAAUCGAGUGCGGUGAAAUUCUCGUAUUUAGAAGAAAAGUCUCGUAAGCUUUUCUCGUCUUUCACCAACAUGAAAGAGGUCCGCUCAAACUCCGACGAUGCCGCCGUCGAUCAUAUCGUCGCUGACCUUCGAACAUUGCCACUCUACGAUGCGGUGAUCGCGGUUGAGAUCGCAAGGGCAGACGACAAGACUAAGUCAGUGGCUACCAUGGUCGAAAACAAAUUGCUUAAUGAGCGGUUUCCCGAUCUAAUUACCGAGCACAUGAAGUCGGUUCGCAAUUGGUUUCUAGCAUCAGUGCUACAUGGGACCACAGCAUACGCUACUCUUGUUGAACGAUUCGCGUCUCGCCACGGUACGGAUUACCUAGUGAAAUUUGAACGAGCCUAA